UCUUCUUCGCCAUAGUCAUCGAAUUCUUCUCAUUUGGAUCAAACACAGACACAUCAGUCUCUUCUCCGUCAUCAAGAGACAGAAGCAUGAAGCAAAAGAUAGUGAUCAAAGUGCAGAUAAACUGCAACAAAUGCCGCUCCAAAGCAAUGCGGCUUGUUGCUUCAGCAGAAGGGGUUGACUCAGUCGCAGUGGAAGGGGAGGACAAGGAUCAGUUGGUGCUCGUCGGAGAUGGCGUCGAUCCCGCUGACUUGACGUGCACCCUGAGGAAGAAAGUAGGGCAUGCGUAUAUAGUCAAAGUAGAGGAAGUGAAAGCGAAGACUGAGCCAGAAAAGCCACCACCGGUGGUGAAGGGAGUGGAGGUUGGGUGGCCAUGUUAUUCCAAUUACCCUCCAUGUCCGCCGGUGGUGUUCUAUGAACACGGCUGCAGUACUCCCAGUCCAUAUUCUUGUCCCAUCAUGUAGUUUUGUCUUGCUGGUUUAUUCGUGUGUUAUUGUGUGCUAAGGGUGGAAUAAUGUUGGACAGGCUAUUUAAAUUACA